UUGGCCGGCCGGUGGGUCGGUCCAUGGGAGGGACUAGCGCAGAAAAAGAGGAGGGGGGCCGGUGGAAGGAGGCGGCUGCGAGGAGGCUGUUUCUCUCUCCAGUCUCUUUCCCGUCGUCUUUGUCUCGCGCCACUCUUUUGUUUAGCCAUGCCGAGCCUGCUGGUGCUCGCAGGGAUCAUGGAGAAAAACGGGGGCUACGGCGCCGAUCUGGCCGGCUCCGGCUUCGGGACCGAGGCGGGUCUGCUGGGGCCCCCCGACGAUGACGAGGACGACUCCCGAGCCCUGAGGGUCGCGCUCGGCCAGCUGUCGCUCCUGGGGCUCGGCGAGGGCGAGGACGUUGGAGGAGGUGGAGGUGGAGGAGGUGGUGGAGGUAAUGUUAUCGGCGGCGGCGGAGGAGCUCCGGCGACCGGAGUGCAGGACCGGAGCAACAACAACAACAACAACCACCACAAUAGUGCGGGGGGAGGAAUCGGAGGAAUCGGCGGGAUCGGAGGCGGAGGGGACGCGUCGAUCCUCCAAGGCAAGAGCAAGUUGUGCGCCCUGUACGAGAGCUCGUCCGGGGAGCCCAAAGGACGCGGCUGCAACAUCACCGAAUGCGUCCCGGUGCCCAGCUCCGAGCAUGUGGCCGAGAUAGUGGGCAGGCAAGGUUGCAAGAUAAAAGCCUUGCGGGCCAAGACCAACACCUACAUCAAGACACCGGUGCGAGGCGAGGAGCCCGUGUUCCUGAUCACCGGCCGCAAGGAGGACGUGGCCCUGGCUCGCCGUGAGAUCAUCUCGGCGGCCGAGCACUUCUCCAUGCUCCGGGCGUCGCGCAACAAGCUGGGCGUGUCCUUCAGCGGCUCCCCGCCCACCCCGCUCCCCGGCCAGACCACCAUCCAGGUGAGGGUGCCGUACCGAGUGGUGGGGCUGGUGGUGGGCCCUAAAGGUUCCACCAUCAAGCGCAUCCAGCAGCAGACGUGCACGUACAUCGUCACCCCGAGCCGGGACCGGGACCCCGUCUUUGAGAUCACGGGGUCGCCCAGCAACGCCGAGCGGGCCCGCGAGGAGAUCGAGGCCCACAUCGCCUUCCGGACAGGAGGGCUGCACGACCACAACAAUGAGAACGACUGCCUGGGACCCAACGGCGGGAGCAGUCCCGCGGGGAGCAGCGGCAGCGGGGGCGGCGGCCUGGAGAGUCGGCUUCAGCAAGUGUGGGGCCUCCAGGGAGGCCAGCGGAAACCUCUCACCAGCAGCUACCGCCAAAACUUCUCCGAUGCCCUCGGAGGAGGAGGAGGAGGAGGAGGAGGAGGAGGAGGCGGCAGCGAGGGAGUCGGGAUCUACAAUAAGGGCAACUUCUCCAGCUCUGAGAAGCCCUGCUCCUUUUUCGGUUCUGAGGGCACCCAGAGUUGGGGCGACCCCGACUACCCCAAGCAGAUGGCUUUCUACGCUCAGCAGCGUUCCAAGAGCUUCGGAGGGCUCCCGCUGCCCCUCACCAGACUCUCGCCGGGGCUCCCGGAGCCACCCGCCAACUCCUCCGUCACCGGCCUGGCGUCGGGGUCGCCCCACGCGCAGGCCCGGCGCGCCCACAGCGAGCCCACCUCGGCCGGGGAGGGCGGCUUCCCCGGGCGGCUACCCGUGCCAGACUCGCCGCCGGCCGUGCGGGACUGCAUGACCUGCUUUGAGAGCAAAGUGACGGCCGCCCUGGUGCCCUGUGGCCACAACCUCUUCUGCAUGGAGUGCGCCAUCCGGAUCUGUGAGCUCAACCACCCCGAGUGCCCCGUGUGCCACACGCAGGUCUCGCAGGCCAUCCGAAUAUUCUCCUAAGGAACCGCGUCCCCCUUUUUAAGCCAGUUUUUUCGGUCUCUCGUUUGUUGGUCGGCUAAUUAGUUGCUCUUAUUAACGGCUGUUAUAAUUAUUCUUAUUCCUAUGGUUGCGAUACAUUUUUUCAUUUUUCAGAAAAAUUUUAAAACGAACAAGCAGCUAUUUUAGAAGGCACUGCUUGCUUUACUAAAAUGUAUAAGAAAUAUUUUUCAGUUUUUCUUUUAUAUACAUAUA